GUUGCUGUGUUAAUUGGAUUGGUAACAAUGGAGGCAGUGUUGGACAUUGAAGGUGAAACCCAGGCUGAAGAUGAGUUCAAAGGCAAACCCUUUUUAAAGAUUACAAAUCAACCUGUUGUUUUGAAGUUCAUAGAUGUGGUCUAUACAAUCAAGGUACAAAAAGCAGGUAAGGUGUUCGGAAAAAGUUUGGUUUCUGGAGAUAAUGAUAGAGUGAUCUUAAAUGGGAUCAGUGGGAUGGUUCGACCCGGGGAAAUGUUAGCCAUGCUUGGUCCCUCGGGCAGUGGCAAAACGACACUAUUGACGGCAUUGGGAGGCCGCCUAGGAGGGCACCUCAAAGGGUCCAUAACAUACAACGGGAAGCCUUUCAGCAAUUCGAUGAAGCGAAAAACCGGAUUCGUAACUCAAGAUGAUGUUCUUUACCCUCAUUUAACGGUGAUCGAGACGCUUGUCUUCACCGCUCUUCUCCGAUUACCUAAUAGUUUCACCAAACAAGACAAGAUCAUGCAUGCUGAAGCAGUGAUCGAUCAACUCGGACUAGUUAAGUGCAAAAAUUGCAUCGUUGGUAAUGCGUUUCUGAGAGGUGUUUCGGGUGGGGAAAGAAAAAGGGUUAGCAUUGGUCAAGAAAUGCUAAUAAACCCGAGCUUGUUGUUCUUGGACGAGCCAACUUCGGGUCUCGACUCAAGCACGGCUCAACGGAUUGUGUCGACACUGUUGGACCUUGCUAAAGGUGGAAGAACGAUUGUGUUAACGAUACACCAACCUUCGAGUAGGCUAUUUUAUAUGUUUCAUAAGAUUUUGCUGCUAUGUGAAGGCAAGUCUUUGUAUUUUGGACAAGGAUCGGCUGCUAUGGAUUAUUUUUCCAGCAUUGGAUAUGCCCCAUCAGUUGCCAUGAAUCCUUCAGAUUUCCUUCUGGAUCUUGCAAAUGGUGACUCACCAACUGAGUCAACAAAGGAGCCAACCCUGGUGAAGAAAACACUGAUUGAUGCCUAUGAGAUGAACAUUGCUGGGAAACUAAAGGAAGAGCUUCAAGAUGUCAGUAAUGAGCCAGCUGAUGAAUUGGAAAACAAGACUCGUGCGAAGUGGCCCACAACUUGGUGGCAACAGUUCAUCGUAUUGCUUCAAAGGGGAGUAAAAGAAAGGAAGCAUGAAUCAUUCUCCGGUUUGAACAUUGCUGAGGUCAUUAUUGUAUCUGUUCUUGCAGGUUUAUUAUGGUGGAAAUCUAAUAUUUCUCACUUGCAGGACCAGAUUGGACUCCUCUUCUUUAUUGCAGGGUUUUGGGGCUUUUUCCCUCUAUUUCAAGCUCUUUUCACCUUCCCUCAAGAACGUAUGAUGCUCCAAAAAGAGCGGUCUUCGGGCAUGUAUCGGCUUUCUUCAUACUUCAUAUCGAGAAUCGUUGCAGAUCUUCCCAUGGAGCUUAUACUUCCCACUGUUUUCAUCACCAUUACAUAUUGGAUGGCAGGGCUUAAACCCACAGCAUUCAAUUUCAUGCACACUUUAUUUGUACUUCUUUUCAGUGUCCUAGUCUCUCAAGGCCUAGGGCUAGCCCUUGGUGCCAUGGUUAUGGACUUAAAAUCAGCUACCAUUCUCGGCUCGGUCAUCAUGCUCACUUUCUUCCUUGCCGGCGGUUUCUAUGUCCAACAUGUUCCGCCAUUCAUAGCAUGGAUCAAAUACAUUUCCAUUAGCCAACAUACUUACAAACUCUUGAUGGGGGCUCAAUACACUCUAGAUGAAGCUUACCAGUGUGGUGAGCCUCCAAAAAAAUGCUACGUCGGAGAUUAUCCGGCUAUAAAAUCCGUUGGCCUCGAUGGGCAAGUUUUGUCUGCUGUUGCAUUGGCUAUUAUGCUUGUAAUGUACCGAUUGGUUGCUUAUUUGGCCCUCAUGAGAAUUGGGGUCACCAAAAAGUUAGAGCAUUAGAUGAGCCAUCUUCUAUAGUUACUUGCAUACAUCGGCUAUUAUGCUGUGGUUUUUCUUAAGCUUGAUAUACAAAGGACCGUCCUAUGCAAGGGCAUGAUUUUUUUAGUAGGAUCUCCAUGGUGUAAUCAGAUCGA